GAGUUUGAUUCCCUCUUCCCGCACUAUUGCUUGUAUAUAUAAAAAAAAUAAAGUUACCAUUUUGUGGGGUUAUUUGGAUUUCAGGGACGAGUGAUGGCAUCGAAGGUGUUUCUUCAGUUGCAAGGCAAGGCAACUCAAGCUUCAAGGGUUGUGUCAGAGUACGGAUCUUCCUAUUACAAGCAGGUAUUGGAGAAGAACAGGCAUUACGUUCAGGAGCCUCCCACUGCUGAAAAAUGCAGCCUUUUGUCCAAACACUUGUUCUAUACCCGUCUUGCUAGUAUACCGGGGCGGUAUGAAACAUUUCAGAAGGAGCUUGAUUCGGUCAAGCAAACGUGGAAGAACAGGCCGGCGCUGAGGGUGGAGGAUGCCGGAAUAGCUGCCCUGUUCGGCUUAGAAUGCUUCGCCUGGUUUUGUGCCGGUGAGAUGAUAGGUCGAGGAUUCACAUUCACAGGUUACCGCGUUUAGACGCUGCUGAGAUUGUGACCAUGUGAAGUAUCGACGUUCACAUUCUCAUCAGUUGAUUUUGAUUUCCAUAUAUUAUCUUCUUUUCGACAGAUACGAUGAAAAUACGACUUGAAAAAUUAUUUU